CGAGGACCACGACGAGGGAAUAAUCAUUCAACACCGCAUGGUGCACAGAAGCCCACUACUUCUCCUUCCACCUGCGGCAGAAUCUGGAAUUUCCUCGUCCUUUUCCUCGUACUAACCAUUCUGUUUUGCAACUUUCUGCUUUGGGUCCCCUGGUUCUGCUUCGGGAUCAAUUCCGCGCCGGCCAUCACUGCGCACACGCUGACUCGCGUCGACCCGCACGUCGCUGCGGUUGUCCGCGGGGCGUUAGAGAGUGCAGCAUUCUUGGAUCCGGCGGUGGACAAUUAUGCUGCAGAACUUCCAGAAGGACGAGUUACAGGAACUGGCGUUGCGGAUGGAGAAGAAGACGGUGAUGAUAUAAUAAUGCCACUAACUGAAGAUACUGAUGGUGUUGAAGAUCGCGAUCCCGUCGACCGUCUGACCAGCGACAUCCUGCAGCAUUUCUUACUGCUCCUGGACGCGAUCACCGCCAACGCUGUCACCGAGCGACGAGGGGAUGGGUAUCUGGAUAUCAAAAUGAAAAAUCCCCCCUCCCCAUAUCGAACACGAAAUUUGUGAUGCUGGACUUGCGUACACAAAUCAGAUUUGUCUUGCUAGAGAGGACUGCAGGCCCACAUCAAGCCUGAGUGCAGAGGUUUUGGUCUAGGCGCUUAGCAUGAGAAACGUCUGCGCUGUAGGCCCAACAGCACGACAAACCGCCUGCAUAAUACGGCGAAGCCUGUGGAAUUGCCUUCUUGCAAGACAGACAUGAUUUGUGAUCGCAAAUCAGCAUUGCAAAUUUUCUGCGCCGUACCUUUUCGAUAUGGGGAGGGGGGAUGUUUCCUUACGAUACUGGACUUGGCAAACUGGCAGGGCUGGGGAUAUUUGAUGUACGACUUUGUAUCCUGAGUAAAAACGUACCCACACCAGAGUCAGGAUGAGGAUUUUGCAACACAAACCUAGGAGUUUUGUGAGUCACGCAUGACAAGUUGCACUAUGCAGUGUAGUGCAGGUUAGCAAGUGCAGCCGCAUCACAGAUUCAUCUGCUCAUCCGGUUCACAGCAUCACAAAUUCCAAAACACGAUUGGAAAUGGCUCUCAUGGGGAUGCGCAUUACAAGUCUUCCUGUCUUUGCAAAUCUGCAUUACAACUCUGGCGUGGGUACGUUUUUACUCAGGAUACUUUGACGCUAAAAGUCACGAUCUGCACUUUUUCGCCCAGCAGCCAAAGUAUUCGCUGUUGGAACAAUGGAGAACAUCAUCGUCAGAAGAGUCCUCCGCAGCGGACCCGUCUGGCCCUUCACCAUCACCUCCGGACGGGGAGAAUAAUUGGCUAAGGGCCGUGAAGAAGAGUCUCCGACGAGAACAAGAAAAUACUGAAUUCCAACAAGAAGAAUCAGCAGUAGUUCUUCAACCCGGAACAACAGGAACAACAUCUGCGUUCUUCUUGCCCUCCGCUGCGGACUUACAGUUGCUAGUCGCGGCUCCUCCAGGUGUUCAACAACAUACAGCACCCCCUGCUGCGCCGACGCUGGCGGAGAAGAUUUUGCCGUCUUUCCUGCUCUUACUCGUUACCAAUCAAAGGAAGCCAGCGGAUAGUACUAACUAUUCGUUUCAGCAGCGACGGAAGAUAAACACGGGUAGCAGUAGUGGUACGGAUCAGAAGAUAUCGGCGGACGCAGUUGUGGCCAAAUUGGUACAAAACGUCGUUGCCAGGCAGGGAGGUGGACGAGAGGAUGAUAGUAACACUAGUACAAGUAGUGCAGAAGCAGACUUUUCAAACGUCGCUAAUACAACUACCUCCGGGAGUCGGGGAUCGAAUUCCAUCUGGCCGUCGCGCACGAUGUCCUUCGCUUGUCCGGUAAUGUCCCUACUGUCCUGCUUUCUCGCACUUGUUUUGCUUAGAGCGGAGUGUAGUUCCGAAGCUCGGAGGGAUGAAGAAGAAUUCUAUGCAGCUGCGAAGACGGGGCGCAAAAGGAACAGGCGCGGCGCAAACACUUUUUCCACCUCGUGGUCCGCGAGGAGGCUUCGGUCUUCAUCCUCCGUCUUUGACAGCGAAUUUGAAGAAUCAGAGGAAGACGAAGGAACAACGACGAGCGACAUUGACGAGGAUGACAUUAUCAAGAAUCGGCAUUUAGGUGGUUUAUCGCCGCACCGCGGAGACGAGGAGUACGCAGACGUCCGGAAAAAUGACAGUCGUAAAAAUUCCCACCUUUCCCUGUCUGCGACGAAACUCCGGAGGCUCUCGCACAGCAGCGCGGGGGGGUACAAAAAUCGAAGCAGUACACCUCACCUCCGCAUCCCCUGUCGCAAACAGCCGUAUCGUCCCUCUUUAACCAACGAGUUAUCCUCUCCGCGGGCAAGGAAUUUACAGAACGUCGAGAAGCGGAUUCGUGGGAAACUUUUCAACAAACAGCACCAUCGGGACAUGUUUGUGAUCAAGAAGAUAUCCUGAGUAAAAACGUACCCACACCAGAGUCAGCAUGAGGAUUUUGCAACACAAACCUCGGAGUUUUGGGAGUCACGCAUGACAAAUUGCACUCCGCAGUGUAGUGCUGGUUAGCAAGUGCAGCCGCAUCACAGAUUCGUCUGCUCAUCCUGUUCACAGCAUCACAAAUCCCAAAACACGAUUGGAAAUCACUCUCAUGGGGAUGCGCAUUACAAGUCUUCCUGUCUUUGCAAAUCUGCAUUACAACUCUGGUGUGGCUACGUUUUUACUCAGGAUAGAAGAAGGACGUGCGUCGCAUCUCCGAGCUGGAGGUAUUAGUCAAGGAAAACGAGCUAUCCUGAGGAAAAACGUACCCACACCAGAGUUGUAAUGCAGAUUUGCAAAGACAGGAAGACUUGUAAUGCGCAUCCGCAUGAGAACCAUUUUCAAUCGUGUUUUGGAAUUUGUAAUGCUGUAAACAGAAUGAGCAGAUGGAUUUCUGAUGCAGCUGGCCUUGCGAACCUGCACUACACUACGGACUGCAACUUGUGAUGCGUGACUCACAAAACUCCUAGGUUUGUGUUGCAAAAUCCCCAUCCUGACUCUGGUGUGGGUACGUUUUUACUCAGGAUACGAGCACUUGCUACCGCCCGAGGAUUUGCAAAACUACGUCAUCGACGAGUUUGGCUCCGCGGAAUUGUGCUACCUGCGGUUGGCAUUGCAUAUGCAUUGCAAAAAUGUCUGGGUCUGGGAGGAUACAACUUGUGAUGCUGCGUUUCGAGUCCAAAAAGACGCUGUAUUGCAAGAGCAGCAAAUGAAGUUCUGUUUUUGAUGCUAGGCGAAGAGGCCAUUUGUCAUGCGGAUUAGGGAUGAGGAAGCGCUCAAAACCUCUGUGAUGCUAGGGCAUGCAUCACAGACAUCAUGGGUCAUGCAAAACGUGCAUGCCAAACAAGUGCACUCGUCCAGACCCAGACAUAUUUGUAUUUGACAUUGCAGAGCCCGGACGCAAAAGUGAGUGUCUUGUUCGAGCAGUUGAGGGUGUUGGUGUCGCAUCGCAAAGAAAAUCCAAUCAGGUCCUGGUGCCGACUCGGCCUGAAACAGGGGUCGCAACUCGGCCCCGUUGAGGACCUCGAGGGGAACUACGAUCGCGACGACGACCCGGAGGACCCGAAAACCCUUUCUACAAGUGAGGGAAUCGAUUUGCAGAAAUUUUUCGACUGGGAUCGCAGGACCGAGCACCUAGUGUCGACGACAUUUUCUUGUUCUAGCAGUUCUGCAUCUGAUGGUUGUACUUCUUCGCAACAAAAUCAUUUUGUCCCAGCAAGCGCGGCAGACCGGGAGCAGAUUACAAAUAUGAUUGACGGAGAAAGCGCUGAUCUCCGCAUUUCUGACACGGAGGAGCCAAUGCCAAAUUUUCCUCCUGGUCCAGCGGUGACGUCGAGUCCUGUUGUGGUCGACGACAGAAGUGACCACGCUGCUAUUAAACGGAAGAGCGACGACCGGCUGGCCGUGCACCAGCAAGAACUACACCCUGAAAAAGCGGUGGCCACGUUGAAAAUUCUGCUGCAGGACAAGUGGACCCCGACCAUCGGGCUGCAGCCGUUCGUAUGAAAUGCAAAUAUGUCUGGGUCUGGAAGGUGACAACUUGUCAUGGUAAAUCUGAAGCAUGCAAAAAUCUGUGUUGCAUGAGUGCCGAAAGCUGUCCACCUUUGACCAAGUUGAAAGGGAGUUCAGUUUCUCAUGCAGGAUAGGCAUGAGAGAGAUUGCGCAGAAUCUGUCAUGCUAGGUCCUGCAUUCCAGACGAUAAGUAUAACUCAUGGAAAAUCUGCAUGACAAGUUUACACUUUUCCAGACCCAGACACUUUUGCACUUGAUAGCUCGUGCGCGCGGGCGUGUGGAUCGCGGACGACGGGAUCCCGAUCGAGGCGUGGGACACGCGGUUUCUCCGCAGCUCGGAGUGCCUGCGAAAGUUCAAGAUCGACGAUAUUCAGGAGGCCGCCAAGCUGUGGUUCGCGUGCCGGAACGAGCAACUGCGGAAGCUGAAGGCACCCGCCCCCUACGUGAUCUUCAACCUGAAGGGCCUGCGGUUCUGGGCGGUGUUGGCGCAGCAGCUGAGCCACAAAAAAAUCGCCGAGAUGGGGCUGCAGCUGCAGCCGUUUUGGCCGCACUCGCACCUGAAGGCGAUCUUCGCGGAAACCCCGGACUGGGUGCGCACCUCCUGGACCUGGGUCGGGAAAUACAUCGUGCAGCCGGUGGAGGGGACCGUGGAAAUGACGGAUCUAACCGUGUACGAAAUUUUCGACCGCCUGUGCUCGGACCCGUCGGAACGCUCCAGGUUCCGCCGGGAAUUCGAUGCGCACUACGGGCCCGCGGUGUAGUUGUGAAGGGGAGAAAGUUCUUCGAACGUAGCGAAAAGGGAGGACUUUACAGGAAAUAAAGCGUACAACUGCUAAAGCGACUACGACUUCUACAAGCGACCACAUAAAUCUGAAAACGACUAUGACUUCUGACAUGAAGAUAAUUUUCGCUACUGAUACGCACUGAGCUGCUAGUCCACGCGCGCAUGCCUUAUGAUUGAACUCCAAAAAUAUCAGCGCGGCACGGUGACAGUUCCGCUGACCUUCAAAAUGUUUUGAACGGCAACUGGCUCUACUUGCAGC